CGCAUUGGUUCUGAUGAAGAGACACAUGUUAUGAAAUAUUGAAGAAGGAACAAUAUGCUUCGAAAUUGUUUUUAUAAGAGACAGUUCCUGGGAUUGAGGUCAUUAUUGCGCCCCUACUGCGAGACCAGUGCACCGCCAUCAGAAGCAGAGCAGCGGUUGAUAGGCAUACUGAAGGAGAAGUUUCCAACUGCUUCUCAUGUGGAAGUCUCGGAUAUUUCUGGAGGCUGCGGAGCUAUGUAUGAGAUCCUGAUUGAGGCAGAUUCAUUCCAAGGAAAGCGAAAAGUAGCACAACAUAAAAUGGUUACUGAGGCACUAAAAGAACAGAUAAAGGAUAUGCAUGGUUUACGCAUCACAACAAAAGUUCCUGAUGUUUCAUAGCAGUUACGGAGAGUUUUAUUUUAACAGCUAUUAUCAAUACAGUGUGUGAUGGGGAGCAAGGUGACAUGUCUCACUCCCGACAAUUCAAGGAUAUAACAACCCUUUUUUAUCUCGGUGUAGAAAGAUCUCCAUAAGGAAAAAAAACUGCUGUCUAUCAUUAAGCCUCAGGAAUGCUUUGUCUAAUCGUGUGAAAAUCUGUCGGAUAUUUAAUCUUUAGAAUAACAAAAAUAUGAUACAUGUAUCUAGGACUUUGUCUGGAGAGAAAUAUUGGCCUUGUUUUAAUUUAUUGUAUAGCUGAUACAGUUAGUAAAAAUCAGAGAUAGAUCCACAUUUGUGUAUAUUGAGAUAGAUAUAUAAAUUCCUGAUCUCUGAUGGGAAUAUCAUUAUUUUAUUCCCAAAUGUUGUUCAUCUAGAAAUGGUUUAAAUUUUUUUGGAUUAAAGAUUAGAUCCGUGAUUUUUAACAAA